AUGGUAGAAGAACAACAAAAACGUAAAAGAACACCUUCUCAAUUAGUCUGUCCAAAAAUUGAAGAAAUUGGACUUUUUUGUGGGACGGCUUCAAAUAAUAAUUUGAUAACGGCAAAUAAUUCUGGACAAAUUUAUAAUUGUCAAAUGAAUCAAAUGGCGUUUAUUGGAGGACAGAAUGUUGCCCAAUUACAAAGUAUUCCUCCUCCUCAUCCCCCUCCUCAUCCAUGUGACAUUCUUUCAACUAAUGAAGAAAUUAUUGAUAAUAGUAGUAAUAUUAUUCAACCUUCACCAACAACAACUACUUGCCUUUCUGACCAAAAUAAUAUGUCUCAAAAUCAGCAACAGCUUCAUAAACAGCAACAAUCAACUUCUAAUUUUAAUAAUAAUCUUUCUUCAAAUCCCCCAACAGAAAAAAGUAAUUCCUUAACUUGUACAGUUUGUGGGGAUGUAGCGACGGGGAGACAUUAUGGAUCUGUUGCUUGUAAUGGGUGUAAAGGAUUCUUUCGUCGGACAAUUAGAAGGAAUUAUAAAUAUACUUGCCGCUUUAAUUCUAAUUGCCAAAUUGAUAAACAUAACCGUGCUGUUUGUCGAGCUUGUCGAUAUUCACGUUGUAUUAUGUUUGGAAUGAAAGUUGACGCUGUUCAAAGUGAAAGGGACUUAAUUGGAAAACGUUCUCGUUAUUCUUCUGCUUCAGGCACUCCUGGGCCCAUUCCAAGCACCUCUUCUCCGCCCCUCCAACACCAACAAAGUUUGGAAGAAGAGGGACAACUUUCACCUAUUUCAAAAGAUGAACAAUUACAUCAACAAACACAGCAAGCCUCCUCGCAACAACAAAAUAGUGGAAUUAAUCGUUCAAAUAUUCCAACAACCCAAACAGAUACUUCACAACUUUGUGAAGUGGACAUAGAUGAACAUAUAUCUAGAAAAAGAUCUUUAUCUAGUGGUAAUCACUAUGAACAGCUUAAACCUGCUAGAAGAAAUUUCACUACCAAUAACAAUACAAUACCUCAUCAACUAGUAACAACAACAGAACAACAACAGCAACAAAACCAAACACAACCCGAAUUAAACUCUAUUAAUGAAGCUGACCCUUGGAGUGGACAGAAUGGAAGGGCUUUGUUACGUCACUUGCUUUGUUCAGAGGAAAAAAUUAGUAAUAUGCGAGAUACUGUUGUUGCUCAUGCUUGUACUCUUCAAUAUUCGACUAGAGGGUCUCGAUUUCCAUUUACUGGAGAUGGAAACACAAGAAAAGCUAGUGAAAAUGAUAUUUUGCAGUCUUUACACACACAAUUACUUUUAGUUAUUGAAUGGGCAAAAACUUUAAAACCUUUUGCUGAUUUACCUACAGAAGAUCAAACAGCUUUACUUAAAAAUUUUGCUGCGCAACAUGUUGUUUUGUGUGUUGCAUAUCGUUCUACAACAGACUUUUUAAAAUUGAUAAAUGAUUCUUGCAUUCCGCGUAUAGUUAAUGGAGCUGAAAAGGAUCUUUUUUAUCGAAGAGAUGCUGAACGUGUAAUGGAUAUGUUAGUUUCUCCAAUGCGCUUUCUUAGAAUGGAUGAUGUUGAAUUUGUGGCACUUAAAGCUUGUAUUCUUUUUAAUCCUGUAGCUCGUGGUCUUUCAUCUAAUAGUGUUAUGAGUAUUUUACAAACAAGAAGACACAUUUUCAGAGCUCUUCAAAAUUAUGUUCGAGCAAAAGCACCUAAUGAUGAAGAUAGAAUUGGGGAUUUAACUUUUUUUGUUUUGUCUCCUUUACAGUCAUUAGCAAAAGCAGUGUCAGAAGAUGUUUUGGUUAGCAAAAUAACAGGAAUUGCUAGAUUGGACCAAUUAAUGGAGGAAUUAAUGCUUGAAGGUUGGGGAGAUCUUGAUCUGAAAGAAAUGUCAAUGGGAAAUGACUCAAAUCAAGGUGAUGAAGCUAGUACCUCAACAUCUCAACAACAAGGGGGAGAUCAUUCUAUUCCAAUUCAAGGACAUGUUGAUUCUUCUUCUAAUAAUACAAUUUCUGCACCAAUUAGUAACCAUCCACAAUCAAUGAGUAGCCAAUGGAGUGGAACAACAGGUCCUGUCCAACCCAAUUCCCCAAUUUCCAAACAACGCGGACGAAAUGUCUCUUCAGCUUCUGAUUCUUCCCAAGCAACUUCCUCUUCCGGUUCUCCAUCUCAAACAUUUUUACAGCCAGUUCCAAGUACUCCUUCACCUUAUUCUAGUGGAAUAAUAACAGCAACUGGAGGGGGAGGAACUGUUCCUAUUUCUCCUGUUAGUGAAUCUGAAUUUUCUUCUUCUGCUCUUUCUAGUUAUGUUUUUGGAAAUUCUCUUUACGGGUAA